CCGUAGUUAGACAACCAAUCUAAGGCUUGCAAAAAGUCACGUGACAAAACAAUAUGUCUGCCCACUGAUCAAACUGAUGUGUACUUUAGUCUUGCUUGGUUGUUUGAGAACAGGGGGUUGCAAUCCGGAAUCUGUCCGCACUUUUGCUGUUGAAAAUGUGUUAAAGGAAACAUUUAGCUCAUUUGCCCUACUGCAGUAACCGAGUCUUUUGAUCGAUGACUUUAUUUCUUUUGACAGGAAAUGUGUUAAACGUCUGCAUGGAGGGACCAACUAUUUCUGUGCACGAAACUUGUAUUUAGUAGCUAUUCUGAUAACCAUUAUUAAAUACUGUAUACAAUAUUUUCGAUAAACUAGUCUUCCAAGAAAAACUAGGUAUGGCAUCAAAGACGGCUGUAAUUUAUGAUGAGGAGAUGACCCGCUACAAACUCCUCUGGGUUGACCCUGCUUGUAAAAUUGAGGUACCAGAACGUCUUACUGCCAGUUACGAGGCACUGCUUUCUAAGGGCCUGCCGAAGCGCUGUCUUUCCAUACCGGUUCGUCAAGCAACUGAGGAAGAGAUCCUAUUGGUGCACAGUGAGGAGUAUCUAGAGGCUGUCAAACAGACUCCCCACAUGACACUGGAGGACCUGAUGACAUUCACCCAGCAGUAUGGAGAUGUCUAUUUCCAUCCGAACAUCUUCCACUGUGCCAAACUGGCAAUAGGGGCCACCCUGCAGUUAGUGGACAGUGUGAUGAUGGGAAAAGUGAGGAAUGGAAUAGCAUUAGUCAGACCCCCUGGUCAUCACAGCCAAAGGAGUGCUGCCAACGGCUUCUGUGUUUUCAAUAACGUGGCUAUUGCUGCGCUCUAUGCCAAGAAACACUACAAUGUUAAAAGGGUGCUGAUUGUUGACUGGGACGUGCAUCAUGGGCAAGGUGUUCAGUACUGUUUUGAGGAGGACCCAAGUGUACUCUACUUCUCUUGGCACCGCUAUGAGCACCAGAAAUUUUGGCCCAAUCUUCAAGAAUCAGAUUAUGGCAACGUGGGAAAGGGAAAAGGAGCAGGAUUCAAUAUCAAUGUGCCGUGGAAUAAGGUGGGAAUGAACAACAGUGACUACCUCUCUGUCUUCUUCCAUGUGCUACUGCCAGUUGCAUAUGAGUUCAACCCUGAGCUAGUUCUGGUUUCAGCAGGCUUUGACUCUGCAAUAGGGGAUCCAGAGGGUCACAUGUGUGCCACUCCAGAGAUCUUUGGUCAUCUCACCCACCUACUGAUGUCCCUGGCAGGUGGCAAGUUGUGCGCAGUCCUUGAGGGUGGGUACCACUUGACGUCGCUUGCCCAGUCAGUGUGCCAAACCGUGCAGACCCUUCUCGGAGAUCCUGCUCCUCUGUUGACCAACUUGAACUCCCCUUGUGAGAGUGCACUGGAGUCUCUUCAGAAUGUGAGAUCUGCACAUCAACAGUACUGGACUUGCUUUAAACACUCUGCAGUGGCUGCAGUCUUAGAGCCCAGCACUAAACGCUGCAGGAUAGGGGAAGAUGGGGGUGAAGAAGCCCAGCAGGAUCAGGUGACUGGAGAAGCAGGAGAUAAGACCGAGGAGGAAGUGGUCUGGCCUGAGCCUCUACCUAGGACAAGCCCUCCUCUGCGCACGGCUGUAGCGCUCCCCCCUGGUGUGGAGGACUCCCUGCUGCCAGAGGGCUGUCAGUGCUUAAUGGAGGCAUCACAAACUACUGUUGGAGCAGUAGAGAAGAUUAGAGAUGAGCUUAAUGUAGGAGAGGUGAAAGGUGAAAGGGAGUUGAUGGCCCUCAGACAAGUGAUCUCACUUUUGGACAAAGUGGAUAAGAAAGAGAUCCGCAAUGGUUUGGCAGUGGUGCCAGAUAUAUCCCUGGCUGUGAAAUUUGCUGUUCAGCAUGCACUAACCUCCGUUGACCGGGUCCUGGUGGUAUUUGUUGGAGAUGAGGAGCUGCCAGUGGAUUCAGAUGAUGAGAGAAUCCUCCUGGUUCAGAUCUGCAGUAAAAAGCCUAAAUCCCAUAAAUCCCAGUACUAUGUUCCAGUAUGCUUGAAGCAAGGUCCUGGUGACGUGGCCGGGUUUCUGCAGGCUGUGCUGGGCCUACUGCUGCCCAUGGCAUACCAGCACAACCCAGGCCUGGUCCUCGAGGUCCUGGCACAGGGCAGCGGGGUGAAGGAGGCAGCGUGGGCACAGCUCACCAGCCUGCUCCAGGGCCUCGCGCUGGGGCACACACUGGCCCUGCUACAGGAAUCUCAGGAGGCCCCUGUGAGGGCCACUGCAGCCUCUCUGAUGGGGGACCCUGCCCCUGACCUAGGGACUCUGGAGGCCCUCUCCCCUGAGAGUGUCCAGGCCAUAGAGAGAGAGCAGAAGAGACUGGAGAUGAAGUGGGGAAUGCUGCACACAUCAGUUCCUGCCAAGAAAUCUCAGGAGCAAAACAAAUGAGGUCAUCGUUGAAUUAUUUGUAAUGCACUUAGAUACUAAAAACCAUCUCUAUUUUGAUCAUUUUGUCAGUUUUUGUAUUAAAGAGACAUUCAUUACA